AAGCAUUGAAAAGGCAAAAACAUGUAUUUACAGGGACAGGAGUGAAUGGGCAGAUAUUGAACCCAUCCCUCAAAAUGAUGGGCCAAAUCCUGUUGUUCAGAUCAUCUACAGUGAAAAAUUUCAAGAUGUCUAUGAUUACUUCCGGGCUGUUCUGCAGCGGGAUGAGAGAAGCGAAAGAGCUUUCAAUCUGACAGCAGAUGCCAUUGAGUUAAAUGCUGCAAACUACACAGUAUGGUAUUUCCGGAGAGUCCUCCUGCAGUCUUUGGGAAAGGAUCUCCAUGAGGAACUUAAGUAUAUUACAGCUAUCAUUGAAGAUCAGCCAAAGAACUACCAAGUCUGGCAUCACAGGCGGGUGUUGGUGGAGUGGCUGCAGGAUCCAUCCCAAGAGCUUGAGUUCAUAGCUGGCAUUCUUAACCAAGAUGCCAAAAAUUACCAUGCAUGGCAACACAGGCAGUGGGUUAUUAAGGAGUUCAAAUUAUGGGACAAGGAACUGGAAUAUGUAGACCAGCUUUUGAGGGAAGAUGUGAGAAACAACUCUGUUUGGAACCAACGAUACUUUGUAAUUUUCAACACCACCGGCUAUGAUGAUCCAGCAGUCCUAGACAGAGAAGUCCAAUACACUCUUGAGAUGAUCACAGCAGUGCCACAUAAUGAGAGUGCUUGGAACUAUUUAAAAGGGAUUCUACAGGAUCGUGGUCUUUCUGAGUAUCCAAACCUGUUAGAGCAACUGCUUAAUUUACAGCACAGCCACAGUUCACCCUAUCUGAUUGCCUUUCUCUUGGACAUAUAUGAAGAUAUGCUUGAAAACCAGUGUGAUAGCAAGGAAGAGACACUAAACAAGGCAUUGGAGUUGUGUGAAAUUCUGGCUAAAGAAAAAGACACCAUCCGAAGGGAGUACUGGAGAUAUAUCGGAAGCUCCCUUAAGAACAAGCACAGCUCAGGCACUGAACAGAGCACACUGACAGAUAAGCAGCAGUAAUGAACGUGGAAGAAAGCAGUGGUAAGCUCUCAACCUAUGUUAAAGCAGUACUAAGCAGGGUCAUAAAUAAUUCAAAAUCCAGUGUAGUAUUCCCCGGUGAAGAGGUCUUGCAAUGAAAGAGGAGUGCAGAGUGCUGUAUAGUAUUGGGUUGCUGCUGCUACUGCUUUAGCUGCAGUCAAGAAAUUUAUUAAGCC